CAAUCCAUAAGGGAAAAUCUAUUUGUAGAAGCUUAUUUCAUGAGUCAAAAUUAGGGAUCAAUAUUUUGUAAUUGAGAUCCCAUCAACAAAUUCUCUCCCAACAAAAUAAUAAGAUAAAAUCCUGGACCAAUGAAACGAUAGAACCGGUCGAGCUUGAAGUGAAUUGUACAAAACAUACAAUACGAACGACCGGUUCAUUUCACCCGCUCGUGGAAAUGAUUUCCACCUUCUUCAAUCCUGCGCCGCCGUGCAACGUCGCCGUCGUUUCUUCUUCCUUUCUCAGAUUCAAGUUCAUACCAAAAUUUCCCGCCACCGUACCUCUAUCGUCUCUUUCGACGGUCUCCUUUCGCGCCAAAACUACCGUUAACCGUUCUCUCUGCGCCCCUGGCGAUGCUUCUGUUCAGACUGAUUUCUGCUUACUGAAGAAGAGAGAAUUUGUGUUUUCUGCCGCGCUGCCCUUUCUUCUUAUUUUGCAUGAAUCCGUGGAAGGUUUUAAAGCUGAGGCGGCAGAAAGAUUGGAUAAAAGGGAAGUUGAACGGAUAAGAGAAGAAGUAAGAAAGGUGGUAACCAAAGGAAGGGCUCCUGGUCUGCUUCGUCUGGUAUUUCAUGAUGCUGGAACUUUUGAAACCAAUGAUACUUCAGGUGGUAUGAACGGAUCUAUAAUUCAUGAACUUGAUAGACCUGAAAACAAAGGUCUCAAGAAAUCAGUUAAGAUUCUUCAGGAAGCGAAGAGUACACUGGACUUAAUUAGACCUGUAUCUUGGGCAGACGUGAUAGUUGUGGCUGGUGCUGAAGCUGUUUCAAUAUGUGGGGGUCCUAGUAUUGCUGUUGAUUUGGGUAGAUUAGACUCCGAGAAACCAGAUCUAGAAGGUAAACUUCCUGAGGAAUCUCUGGAUGCUGUUGGAUUGAAGCAAAUCUUCAGCAGAAAAGGAUUUUCGACACGAGAACUAGUUGCACUAUCUGGAGCCCAUACUAUUGGUGGGAAAGGUUUUGGAAGCCCUGUUGUUUUUGAUAAUGCAUAUUUCAAAAUACUUUUGGAGAAGCCAUGGUCAUCUAACGGUGGUAUGUCCAGUAUGAUAGGGCUACCUUCUGAUCGUGCUCUUGCUGACGAUGAUGAAUGCUUGAGAUGGAUCAAAGAGUAUGCCAAGGAUCAGAAUGUGUUCUUCGAAGAUUUCCAGAAUGCUUAUAUCAAGCUAGUAAAUUCUGGUGCAAAGUGGAGAAGCUAGCGAACUAUUGUCCUACCACUACAAAUAUACACCUUAAGGUUAAAUGACUGCGAGACAAAGCAAAAGUUGCGAUGAAGAUGAAGCUUGAAAUGCAUUGUGCUUUCAUCACCAUCAAAUUAACUCGCUCUCUGAAGCUUUAUCUUUUGUUGGCCUAAAUUUGGCUUGAAGCACUUGUAUCUUAUCAGGAAGACAAGAACAUAACAACUCGCAAUUCAUCGAAGUUCCAAAUUCUGGAUAAAGCAAGGAAAAAAAGGUUUUAUAUUUCAUGCAUAUGCUUAUCAAUGUUUCCUUGUCAAAAACUAAAACGUGUAUAAAAACUUUACAAUCCAGUUGUGAAUGAGUGCCCUAUAUUAAUUGUUUUAGCUA